UUGCGUAAAAAUACGUUUAUUUUCGCCUAAGAAACAAUAAACAAUUUAAACAAUUCUCUUCGAUUGUUUCGAUUGUUUGUAAGCUUGUAGCAAUAUAUUAUGGCAUAUAUGAGGUUUGAAAAUGUCGAGCAAUUGAUUAGAGAGGCAAAAAUUUAUCUACAAAAUCAACGAGAUUGUCAUUUUGUGUGUCAUCUAGGUACAGGUACGUUUGGAUACGUUACCGAAAUUUUCGAUUAUCAAAGGUCGCGUUUAUUAGCAGCUAAAAUUGUUAAACAAUACACCAAAGGUGAAAUCAAAUUCUGGGAAAAAUUAUAUCACCCUAACGUUUUACCAGUCCACGAAAUCAUACCAUUCAUUGGUAAAUCUUGUAUAUUUCUGAUGCCAUUAAAGGCAUGUACGCUAAAGGAAGCCAUAAUGCAAAGGGAAUUUCUUCACGGUUUACACAAAUAUCUCUUCACUAAACAGUGGAUUUAUCAAAUAUUAUGCGGCCUUUCUUACUUACACAACAGUGGGCUGGCUCAUCUCGACAUUAGCACCGAAAAUAUUCUGUUAUCGGAAGCUAAGAAUGCAAUUUUGGCCGAUUUUACCUACCUAACAUCCAUAAAUGUACUUGUAGAAGCAUACCAGAUAGGUAGCGAGUUACCUUACAGAGCUCCUGAAGUACGAAGUCUCGAAGAAAAUCAUUACUGUACUUCAGCAUGGUUUCUACCAGAGAAAAUCGAUCUAUGGUCUUAUGGUAUUGUGGUUUUGGAGUUACUGACAGACAGAUAUUUGAAUUAUAAGGUGGAGAAUUGCUACAAUGGUCGAAUUGAUAUGGAAGAGACACUUUGCUGGCUUGAUGAUAUACUUGUUGAACGUAAUUUAUUAAUUAUCAUGAAGGAUUCGUACGCAUUUUCGGGUUUUAGAGUUGAGGAAUUAGAUUCCUGUUCGGGAUUUCUUCGACUUUUUCUGCAGGUUGAUCCGGAUAACAGGAUAUCUACUAUUAAUGCUCUAUCGCAUCACUUCCUUGCACCUUUCGGUAAUUCUGUACAGAAGAUACAUAAUUACAAGAAAGUUCCUAGUUGCAUAAAGGUUAAACAAGGGAAAACAUUUACAAGAAAUACUUCAGAAACAUCAAACGCAAAUUUAAGCCAUAUGCAAAGGAUUAAUCCAGUUGAAAGGAAGGCAAAUAGUAUAAAUUUAAAAUAUUCUUUCGAUGAAUUAGCAAAUUUGCAAGCAGGAUACUCACAAGAAGAUGAAUUCUCAUCUAGAAAUUUAUACAUUCAUUCUGUGAAGAGUAACGAAAAUAUAGGUCAAAGCAACGACGAUAAAGUUGAAAAAACUUACAAAAAAGACAAUUCCACAAUGCAUUUCACCCCAGCAACAAUUUCUGAUGAAGCAAACUCGAUUUACCGUGUUACGAAAGUGGAUGAAGAUGCGGAAGAUGAAGACGAAAGAACGAAACAUAACGGCUUCAGAUCAUCGAAAAGUGAUGAAAGUAGAGUUUACGGACUGACAAACGUACGCACGUUCUUCGUAAGACCCAGAAUAUAUCAAAUUUUAACGGAAGAGGAAAAUGUAUCAGAGAUUCUAGAUACAGAUUCGAUCGCUUGUGUUAAACGAUCAUCACGAUCGAAUAUUACUGUUUGUGCCAAAGCGAAGGGUGAUUUUCGACGUCUUAACUUCAUCAACUAUGUGAUUAGUACCAUCAGAAACGUACUGAAAGUUCUUAAUUUUAAAAAAUCUCAUUCGAAAUUUAAGAAAGAAAGAUGAAGAAAAACUGUAUAGAUUCCCGAAAUUGAAGUAAAAAUAUAUAAAAAUUUCACGAAAAACUCAUUAAAAUCCAUAUAAAAAGUGGCGUAUUUUAUUCGUAUAAUUCUUUAUCAUACAAUAAUAAAUACAUACAAAAAAUUUGGUAUAUUUAAAAUACGAAUUUUUCGUAAGUGGCCCACCAAACAGUUGGAUGAAUCCAAUUUGGUAGAUUUUCUAAAAAAUUCGACACGCUUGACGUAGGAUGAUCCAAGUAAUGGCAUAUAAAAGCCACAUCUAAUAAAGUCUGAUUUAA